UGGGCGUAAUCAGACUUGUGUAAUCGAGUGCCGGGUGUUAGAAAAAGCGGAGAGCAAACUUUUCCCACUUUCUUCACACAAGGAAAUGAAAAACUAAAGAUUUGUCGGAAGGCUUUACACAGGCUUCUCCCAAAGCGUAGAAAUAUGUGACCCGCGUGUAAAGAAGCUGAAGUGGAGUUUCGCCUCGGUGGAGAAAAGGUUUACUGAAGACAUGAACAUCAGGCCAGACGACCUCUGAGAGGCGAUCACCAUGGCAACGCAGUUUACUAUCGACGAUGCCUUCGCGUUGGAGGGAGAUGAGGAGGGGGCUGUGUCUGAUGGAGAGACAGAGGGGUGGAAGGACAGAGAGGGAGGAGAGAUGACAUUUGGACCUCUGACUUUCUCCAAGCCCCAGACUCACCCAUCGCCUGCUGCCGCUGGCUCCUCUGAGCACAGUAACUUAAAGUAUCAGAAUCUGGAAAAUGAAGACGUCUUGGGCAGCAGCGGCAAUUCUUCUUUCAACAACUUCUUCAAAAUCAGUGACCCUGCUACCCUGUCUUACUGCAGCUCCCAGUGGUCUUUCAGCACCUUGAGUUCUGUCACCCAGCUUUCUGCACACUGCUGCGGGUGGGUGUCUCAUCCGCUGGUGAAGAAAAACAAAAGAAUUGUUCUUUCCUCAUUCCUCCUCCUCAUCACUGGAGUCGCUCUUAUUUUCACAGGUGUCAUCAUACAGCUGAAUCCAAAUGCAGGUGUUUCCAGUGCCAUUUUCUUUGUACCUGGAUUUCUUCUCUUCAUCCCUGGAGUGUACCAUGUGAUCUACAUCAGCUGUGCUGUGCGUGGUAGAAGAGGCUUCAAACUGUUUUACCUACCGUACUUUGAAAAAUGACACUAACAUUAAACUGUUUUUCUUUCUUUCUUCUCAAAAAUGAAUUGUAUUUUGUCACCUGUUACACAAAGAUAUUGUCACAUGUGUUUUUUCUUGUCAUUGUAAUGACCACUGCUACUUCAACCACUCAGUGCCAUGACUAUGUUUCCACUACAUGAACUGACAUUGCUGUAUGUGUACACUAAAGUGGAAAUUGGUCUCGCCUGUUUAUUCCAUGUUGUGUGAAUAAUGACUGUGAAAUUACAAUAAAAGUGUUUGUAUAUUUUAA